AUGGAGAUCUUAACUGUGGAAGACUGGAGCAAAAGUGCGCGGGAGGUGGCUGCCUUCGACGCACAGCAGAGUUGCAGCAGCCCCGGAGAGGCGCAGAGGGGAGAGAGGCAGCAGCAGCACUUUGAGGAGUCCCGCUACGAUCCUGGACUGACGCUCGUGGACGGAGGCAGUGACCCACGCGCCUGGCUGGCUCCGGCUCCUGGCACCUGCGCGGCACACGCCACUUCACCCGACUACCUGCGGCACUCGCCAUGUCCCAGCAGCGAAUCCUACCACGAGAGUGGGUCUCCAGGGUCUUCAGGCCAUCCCAGCCCUCCCAGCCUCAGAAAAUCUGCCAAGACCCCCACCACCUCCUCGCUCAAAGUCAGGGACCUGUGCCGUCUGAAAGGUACGACCACAGGGUCCGAUGAGGAGACUUCCCUGAGACAGAGAGCCCCGUCCAGCAAACCCGUCAACGGGGUCCAGAAGCAGAGGCGGGUGGCCGCCAACGCGCGGGAGAGAAGGCGCAUGCACGGGCUCAACCACGCGUUCGACGAGCUGCGCAGCGUCAUACCGGCGUUUGACAACGACAAGAAACUCUCCAAGUACGAAACUCUGCAAAUGGCGCAGAUUUACAUCAACGCUCUGGCCGAUCUGCUCCAAGGUCCGGUCUCCUCCAACAGCGGCAAUAACGACAAGUCCAGUAAUAACAGCGAUUCGCCAAAGUGUGACGUGAUGCUUUCACCUGCCGGUGGUCAGGACAGGGCUCCCCAGUCCCCAAACUCCUGCAGGACAGAGACGGUCGAGCCCCAUUCGGGGGGCAGCUUACCAGUCCACAUCAGCGGUAUGCCUUUCCCAGCCUCGUUUGGAGACAGUUCAUUCCCCCCCAGAGUAGAAAAAUCCCCCGCGUCCUCCUCUCGGGCAGCUGCUUCACAGUUCGUGAGCGGAAGGAAAGAGUCACCCCGAAGCGACGGAGAGUUUUCUCCGCACUCCCACUUCAGCGACUCGGAUGAAAUGGUGAUGGAGCUCCACUCGAGCGAAGAAGACGAUCUCACGGAACUCAAACUUCAAACUCGCCAUCUCCAUCAUCAUCAUCAUCGCACCGUUUCUUUCUAA